AAAAAAAAAAAAAAAAAAAAAAAGAUGUUGGUGCUGUCUAACAACACAGCACUGAAUUCAUUCCUCUCCAAGCUGUUUCAAGUCUACCUGGAGCGGACAAACAGCUCUGCACCUUCUCAGGUCCCUUCUCAGGUCCAAAGUGCUGGUGGCAGCCUGGAAAUUGUCUAUGUGCUGCUGCUGAUCGGCCUCUUUGGCUUCUUCACGGUGGGAGUCAUGGUGACCAACAUCCGUGCCAGGAAGCUGGAGGACUCCCAUGACCCCUACAACAUGUACAUUGCCUCAGACAUCUGGCCCAAGGAGGACAGGGCAUAUUUUCAGGCCAAGCUCAUCGAAAAUUACAAAUUGUGCUGUGUCUUUGAAAACCCACUGGCUGUUGAGCAGCCAAACACACAGAUUCCUGAGGUGAAGUCCUCCUAG